AAACAGCGGGAACUAAGCAACACCAGAGCUGCAUAGCUGUUACUCAGCCAUGAGAGUGGAGUCCUCUUCCAAGCUCAGACUCUGUCAUCUGGACCAUGAGGAUCUGGUGGUUCCUGCUUGCCAUGGGAGUCUAUACAAGGAGCAUAAACUCACAGGACACGUGCAGGCAAGGGCACCCUGGCAUCCCAGGGAAUCCUGGUCACAAUGGCCUGCCUGGGAGAGAUGGAAGAGAUGGAGCAAAGGGUGAAAAGGGGAAUGCAGGAGAACCAGGACAUCCCGGUGGCCCAGGGAAGGAUGGAAUGAGCGGGGAGAAAGGAGAACGAGGAGCAGAUGGAAAAGUUGAAGCAAAAGGCAUCAAAGGUGAUCAAGGCUCCAGAGGAUCCCCGGGGAAGCAUGGGCCAAAGGGAUCUGUUGGACCCAUGGGAGAGAAAGGGCUCCAAGGAGAGACUGGCCCUAAGGGGCAGAAGGGGGAUAAAGGUGAUGUGGGUCCCACUGGUCCAGAAGGUCUAACAGGCAAUGAUGGACCUUUGGGUCCCACUGGCUUACCUGGCCCUGUAGGUCCCAUUGGCAAGCCGGGUCCCAGGGGAGAAGCUGGACCUAUGGGACCCCAGGGUGAGCCAGGAGUUCGGGGAGUAAGAGGCUGGAAAGGGGAUCGAGGAGAAAAAGGAAAAAUGGGUGAGACUCCAGUCUUGCCAAAGAGUGCUUUCACUGUGGGUCUCACAGUGUUGAGCAAGUUUCCUCCUUCAGAUGUACCCAUUAAAUUCGACAAAAUCUUAUAUAACGAAUUCAACCAUUAUAAUGUGGCUACGGGGAAAUUCACUUGCCACGUUGCUGGGGUCUAUUACUUCACCUACCACAUCACUGUUUUCUCCCGGAAUGUGCAGGUAUCUUUGGUCAAAAAUGGGGUAAAAAUACUGAAUACCAAGGAUGGUUAUUUGAGUUCUGAGGACCAGGCCUCCAGUGGUAUGGUCCUGGAGCUGAAGCUUGGAGAUGAGGUGUGGAUGCAGGUGACAGGAGGAGAGAGGUUCAAUGGCUUGUUUGCAGAUGAGGAUGAUGACACAACGUUCACAGGCUUCCUUCUCUUCAGCAGCUCAUGACACAGAAGACUGUACAUCUGC